AUGCCUUACAAUUACACCAUCAGGCCCGAGGAUGCUUUCGGCUCCGAUUCGCCCUGUAACUUGGAUACUUGCCCCGUUGACUGGAGUAUCUACAGCUACCGACCAUCUCUUGCUGCCAACAUUGUCUUCGUCGUUCUCUUCAGUCUCAUUGGUCUUGUUCACGCAUAUCUUGGCUUCCGAUGGAAGAGCUGGGGUUUCAUGACUGGUAUGCUUCUUGGCUGCGUCUCUGAGAUUGUUGGCUAUGUCGGUCGUAUCAUGAUGUGGUACAACCCCUUCUCUUUCAACGCUUUCAUGAUCCAAAUUGUCUGCCUCACGAUUGCUCCCGUCUUCUAUACCGCUUCCAUCUAUGUCACCCUCUCCAAGACAAUCAACUUCUUCGGCCCCGAACUCUCUCGCUUCAAGCCUGCAUUAUUCUACUGGAUCUUUAUCCCCUUCGACAUCGUCUGCCUCAUCCUCCAGGCUGCUGGUGGUGCCAUGUCUACCGAGUCUGAUAGCAAUGUUGGUGUUGAUGUCUCUAUGGCCGGUCUUGUCCUCCAAGUUGUCGUCCUUGUCGUCUUCAUCGCUGCCUUCUCUGAUUACAUGAUUCGAUACUGGCGAUCUGGUCAUGCCAAGGCCUUCGGCUGGCGCGAGACUGCCUUCUUUGCUGGUCUCUCUAGUGCCAUCAUCCUUGUCCUCACUCGAUGCAUCUAUCGUGUUGCUGAGCUUCGUGAGGGCUAUGACGGUGACCUGAUCAAGCACGAGGUCCCUUUCAUCAUUCUUGAGGGUAUUGUCAUCGUUCUUGCUGCUGUUGCCCUCUGCUUCGGCCACCCUGGUCUUGUCUUCAACAAGCCUCAAGUCACCACUUCUGUCUCUCAGGUUGAGAAGGGUGUUGCUUCCGGCUCUGAAAGCAACAAUUAA